GGUCACUGCGCGCUUGGGGACGCCACAGAGGCGGCGGCGACGACGGCGGCAGCAGGACUCGAGAGCCAUUGUCAGGUCUGCUACCGCGAUCGGCCCGAAAUACGCAGAGGCCCCGGGAGGAGGCAGCGGCCUAUACCGUGACCUAAGGCUAGGCCCCGGCUCGACUCAGCUCGGCCCGGCCUGGAAGCUCGCGUCCGUGGGUAAGGCCCAUCUUCCCGAAGCCUUUCUCCGGCAAUCGCCCCCCCCCCACCGCCACCAUUUCCGCCACCAUUCCCGCCCCGCUGCCCCCCCCUGCGUGCAGGAUGACGAGCAGCAUAGUCGGGGGCAAAUACGAGCUGCUGCGGAAGGUUGGGGCCGGUUCGUUCGGCGACAUCUACCUCGCCAUCAACAUCACGAACGGCGAGGAGGUGGCUGUGAAGCUGGAGUCGCAGAAAGCCAAGCACCCCCAGCUGCUGUACGAGAGCAAGCUGUACAAGGUCCUGCAGGGCGGGGUGGGCAUCCCCCACAUGCGCUGGUACGGCCAGGAGAAGGACUACAACGUCCUCGUCAUGGACCUCCUGGGGCCCAGCCUGGAGGACCUGUUCAAUUUCUGCUCCCGCAGGUUCACCAUGAAAACCGUGCUGAUGCUGGCCGACCAGAUGAUCAGCAGGAUCGAAUAUGUGCAUACCAAGAACUUUAUCCACAGGGACAUCAAGCCUGACAAUUUCCUGAUGGGCAUCGGGGCUCACUGCAACAAGCUCUUUCUCAUUGACUUUGGACUGGCCAAAAAGUACCGAGACAACCGCACCAGGCAGCACAUCCCUUACAGGGAGGAUAAAAACCUCACCGGCACCGCCAGGUAUGCCAGCAUCAAUGCACACCUCGGCAUCGAGCAGAGCCGUCGCGAUGACAUGGAGUCCCUGGGCUACGUGCUGAUGUAUUUUAACAAGAGCAGCCUGCCCUGGCAAGGACUGAAGGCUGCCACCAAGAAGCAGAAGUACGAGAAGAUCAGCGAGAAGAAGAUGUCCACCCCUGUGGAAGUCCUCUGCCAGGGCUUUCCUGCAGAAUUUGCCAUGUAUCUCAACUACUGCCGUGGCCUGCGCUUUGAAGAGGCACCUGAUUACAUGUACCUGAGGCAGCUGUUUCGCAUUCUUUUCAGGACUCUGAACCACCAGUACGACUACACUUUCGAUUGGACAAUGUUAAAGCAGAAAAUGACCUAAAAGGCGGGCCCCUCUAGUGGGGAGGGUGGGCAGACCCCCCGGGCCCUACAGGUUUCCAGGCAUGGAGAGAAAUAUAUGAAGUAGAGCAGAUCAGAGCAGAUCUUGUUACUCCCCAAAUGUAGACAUUUUAGUUCACGUGUACACUUCUAGUGGUGGUGAACAACCAUUUCUUUGGUGUGAAGAAUUUAAUUUCAGUAUAAACUGGCUGUGGUUAACACUAGCCUAGUAUUCAGAGUUGUAGCUGCUGUGUUUGUGAUUGUUAACUGGCAUAGUGAAACAUGAUGUUCAGUUUUCUAUUGCGUUUUUCAAGGGGAAACGUUAACUACAUGGUUAACACACAAGCGGUAGAGAUAAAUUGUGCAUAUGCCAAUUUUCUGUUACCUUUUCUUUUGUUCCAAUUGUAAUCCUGAAUUUGUGCUUUGAGAUCUUGUUUCAAAAGAAUGGCAUGAACAGUUUUCAACCAUGGUUGUGGUAAUUGUAAAUGCUACAAUUGUACACUCGUGGAGUUUUGUUUUUUCCUCCCUGGAGUUUAAAUGUUGUACACUUAAACAUUCUUAAAUCUGUUGGCUUCUGUGUGCAAGGCAGCUGACAAGGUAGCAACCAAAGAUUCCAGUUUUUAAGCAUAUGAAAGACUCUGCCUGCUUAAUGUGCUAGAAAUAACAUCAUCUAAGUGUAAACUUAAGAAAAUCGUAGUGACUACUAGAUUAUCUGUAGUGCUCUGCAUUAACUCUAUAAUGUUCUUGAUAUUUAAAAAAUAGCCUAUUUGUCACAGACGUUUUGUUAACAUCUUAUGAACCUGUAUGUGUUACUUAUAUAAAUGUAAUCAGUGUAAGCAUCUAUAUGAUCUGGAAUUUCAUGUUUAUGUUGAAAUGAGAGUUGUUUUGUUUACAAGUUCAUUAAAAACUAAAAAUUGACUCUGUUUAAAAAAACAAA